UGCUGAAGAGUGCCGAGCUACCAUUACCUAGUUAUAAUGUUCAGCUCUCAUUAGUUACACAACAAAUUCGUGAAAAACCGGUGAACAAACCUUUUUUCAGUGCGAAAAAUCGCUUACAAAAUCUUUUAGAAUCCUCAACAAUCGUUCGAAGUGAUUCAGAAGAGAUGACACCAUUGGAAUUAGUGGAAAUUCAGUAACGAAAAAAUUACGUCCACUCAUGCGGUUCUGUUUGCGGUCUGACUACACAAGCUUGAAUAUUAUCCAUCAAUUACCAAUUAAUCGUUUGAAAAAGCAAAACAACUAUCAACAAUGUUGCGUUACGGUGCACUUCUCACCCGCAAGUCCCCCCUCACCACGAACAUCUCCUUAAAAAUAAAACUCUCACGUGAGUCAACACGAAAACAAAUUCUCAUUCACUCACCACCGAAAAUUCGACCCACCCAGGAAUUCCACACAUAUCUCCCAAGACUAUCUCCAGUGGCGACAAAAGACAGUGAAGAUACUCGCAAGCUCAGAAUUCAAAGUCUCUUCGAUGAAAAUGAGCACUGGAACUUCACCAAAGAUGAUGCAACUGAAAACAAAGAAUUAUCUGAACCUCACGAGACUUCCAAUCCUUCAUCGACUCCAACGCUUCACCACGUGCGUCUGAAGGACAAGUACAGUAUCACAGAUAUCGAACGAAUGUACAAGCAGCCGAAGGCAAAGAUCAACGAGGUCUAUCACAUUGUAACGAACCAGCUUCAGAAGAAAUGCUUGGACUUCAAAUACACAACGAUGGGAAAGAAAACGUCCAAGUGGAACUGCACAGUUAAUGUCAUCUGGCCAGAAGAGUUGUCCUUCUCUGCUGUUGCCAACACCAAGCCCCUGGCUGCUCACUCAGCCUCACUGAAGCUUCUGCACUACCUUGAGAACCAGAAGAAAAUCCGAGAUGGAAAACCGAUACUCUAUAGUGCUACGGAUAUAAAAGAAAUGUCGAGUAAGCCAGUGGCUUUGAACAUCACAAGAGAAGCUUUGGAUGAAGUCAACUUCAUUGUGGAGAAAUAUGAGAGUGAAAUCAGGGACCUGCUGGAAAGCUUCGAAGCAGAAGCUCACGCAGAGUCGGCGUCUUCGAAACAUUAUGAGUCUUGCUUCCAGACUGGGGCUAUCAUAGAUCCAGUGGGCAAGUCCAAUCCCUUGAACAGAAUGCCAGGAAAAAUCGCAGACCGAAACAGAGUUCUCUUGGCUCGGUAUGAAGACAGAGUUUUGAGUAGCCCACCCUCGGAUUUACCAAUCAUUAACUACCGAGACAAGAUCAUUCAAGAGAUUGAAAACAAUCAGAUAGUGUUGAUAAAAGGCGAUACAGGCUGUGGCAAAACCACGCAAGUUCCUCAGUACAUCAUGGACCACUUUGCGAAGAAAUCCCAAGCAACAGAUUGCAACAUCUUAAUAGCUCAACCUCGAAGAAUAUCAGCGAUCUCCCUCGCGGAACGCAUCGCAGAUGAACGAAGGGAGCAAGUUGGGGAUGUUGUUGGAUACCAAGUUCGACUGAGCCAAGAGCUCCCCAACACACCAGGUGGAAUUCUCUUCUGCACGACCGGAAUUCUUUUACGAAAACUUCAAUUCAACCCAAGGCUUGAAGGCUGUUCCCACGUAAUUGUCGACGAGGCCCACGAACGAACCAUUAACACAGACAUGUUGCUGGCCCUCCUCAAACGCGCAAUAGCUAUCAAUAGGGACCUGAAAGUAAUCGUCAUGUCAGCUACAAUAAACGCAGGGUUAUUCCAGAAUUACUUCAACUGCAAAGUGAUAGAGAUCCCCGGAAGAACGUAUCCAGUGGAGUCUCACUACCUAGAAGACAUCGACAGCCUAGGAUUACGAACUCAAAAUUCUUACAGCGGAAUGCUGUUUGACGAUAAGAGACCAAUGACCUCUGAUAUACUGAACGAUGCUCCAGUCAUUGAUUUAGUCAAAAUGGGGGAAUUAAUCGUCUGGAUAACGAAAAACAAGCCCCCAGGUGCUAUUCUGUGCUUCCUUCCUGGUUGGGCAGAGAUAACGCAAAUGCGAAAGUACCUGGAAGAAUUCAGUGUUUUAGCACGCAGGAAAAGUGACGUAAUAAUCAUCCCUCUUCACUCAAAGAUGGCUCACUACGAUCAGAGGAAAAUUUUCGAAAAACCUCCCCCAAACGUCCGAAAAAUCGUACUCGCUACUGACAUUGCUGAGACCGGAAUCACAGUUACUGAUGUCGUUUACGUCGUUGACUCCUGCACCCACAGACAACUCCAGUGGCACGAGAAACAAGGAGUGUCAUUCAUCAGUAAUCAGUGGGCUUCACAAGCAAACAUCAACCAACGAAAGGGGCGAGCUGGAAGAGUCAAACCUGGAGUAAGUUAUCAUUUUAUCACGAGGGACAUGUACCAGAAGUUGCUCUCAUACCCAGUACCAGAGAUCAAGCGUUCUUCUUUGGAGAAGACUGUUCUGGAUGGCAAGACUUAUAGCAGUAAUGAGAAAGCAUUGGACUUCUUUGGAAGCGUUCCAGAACCUCCAGCGCCUACUAUAAUUAAACAAGCUGUGAGAGAUCUCAUUCACCUUGGGGCUUUGGAUGAAGAUGAGAACUUGACGCCCUUGGGAAAACGCAUUGCCUUCUUCACGGUUCAUCCCAAAUUGAGCAAGGCUUUACUGUACUCUUCGAUCUUUAAUUGUAUAUCUCCCAUGCUCACGAUAUCAGCUGCAAUGGCCGCAGAGAGUGACAUCUUCUCUGGAGUUUUGCAAAAUAAGGAAGCUAUUAGGUUGAUCAAGAAAAAAUACCAUCCAAGCAGCGACCAUGUUAGUCUCGUUUGGCUCUAUCAACAGUGGCUGUCUUAUGCCAAUGCUGGCAGGUACGAGGUUCGUGAUUUCUGUUUCAAAUCGAGACUCUAUCCUGAAAGGAUGUAUACGUUGAACAAAGUCAGGGAUUUGUAUGGAGAGCAUUUGGUACAUGCAAAGCUAAUAGAUGCACCCAAAUAUUUCCAAGAUCUUGGUGCUAAGACAAAUGAGUAUGCCGAGGUGGAUGAGAUGGUGAAGGGGGUGUUGUUGUCCGGGGUGGAUCAGGUCAUUUAUCAGAGAGAUUUUGAAAUCAGAAAUGGGCAGCUGAAGAAGGGAAGCUCGACUUUUGUUACGGAAAAUGGAACGAGGGUCACUAUCACGCCGGAUAGUGUCAAUUUUAAGAGGAAAAAGUGGCCCAGCCCUUUCUUGACGUAUGUGAGAAGUACUCAUAGUGAGGAGAGAAGGACGAGCCUGGUUAGAGAGAGCAGCAUUAUAUCACCCUUGACUGUUUUUAUGUUCAGUCAGGGACAAGUGCUAGGAUUUUUACAUAAAACUUCUCGUGUUAAUGAUUCUGAAGAUGAAAACAGUCACAUUGUCUUUACGAUGAAAGGUCGAAACAAUAUCAGACUGCUGUGUAAUAAAGAGACUGCAACUACGUUAUUGAAAUUCCGAGACAUUAUGUGGGGAGUUAUACGCUACAUGGUUGCUAAUCAAGGACUGCCGGUACAGGAUCUGGAUUCCUACAAUCAAAUUCACGACUUCAAAGGGCAACUUCUUCAAGUGCUAGGAAAGAUGCUGAGCGAAUCUGCGGGUUUGAUUGACGAUCCUGAGCCCGACACUGAACCUCAGUCCCAGGGAAGAAACUAGGAGGAUGGUUAUUAAUUUUUAUAAAUUAUGUAACAUUAAUUGAUAAUUAUUAAAUAGAGAAAUAAUUCCAUUGGUAAACAAUCAUUUAUUCAUUGUGAUGGAUGACAAAUGAUUCUUAUCAUUUCAGUACAAAUAGAUGUAAAUGAAUCAGCAGGUAUGAUAAUGGUAAAUGACUUAGGUUUACAAAUCGUUACAAAAAAGAAAAUAUAUGAAAUCGAUGGGUCAAACAUUUGAUUGGAGGCAUAAAUAUUGGAGUACGUUACUAUUGAAUAAGAAAAUUUAAGCAAUCCGAAGAAAUGAAACUGUUAAUAAUAAAAUCAAAAUAGGAGAAAAUAUUAUCGCGGAAGUACCACUGGUACAGACCAGUUUUUCGUAGGAAAAAGAAAAUUUUAUCAUGUCAGGAAAUCGGCAGUUUUCGGCAUCUGGAACAGAGAAUGAAAGUAAUUAGUCCAAUUGAACAAAUAGAAAGGGGAGAAAAAUGGAUUAUUGACAGAAACAAAUUCAAUUGAGAGUCUCAAAACUUUUAUUUAAUCUCCAAAGAUUACGUCAAGUCGUUCAAACAAAAUAAUUCCCCAAAUUUUAUAUCAUUUCAAAGCCCCAAAACGAGGAGCUGAUCACUUCUCGAUCGGAUGACUCAGUGAUUUCCAGAAUGGGAUGAUUUCCUGUG